AUGGCUGAGCUACUCCUUUUGGAUGCCUUACCACGGCAGGCUCUUGGAAGAGCCCGUGUAUUUCAAGAGCAUACUGAUUUACUGGCAGAAAGUGACGAGUGGUUGUUAUCGCGUUUUAGAUUGCCACUGCAUGUGCUGCUGCAAAUUUGCACUGUGCUGGAACCGCAACUGGCCAGACAGACAAAACGAUCAAACCCCAUCCCUCCACAUCUCCAGAUCCUUACUUCAUUAGGAUUUCUGGCCACGGGAACAUUUCAAAGGGAGAUGGGAGACGGAUCUGGUGUGUCGCAGUCUUCGGUGAGUCUUGCGCUCCCCUUGGUCAUCAAAUUCCUCCUCAAGUUAACACCCAGGUACAUUACAUUUCCAAACACCGCCGCUGAACAAAUACAGAUUAAGACAGAUUUUCAUGCUAUUGCUGGACUGCCAAACACCAUUGGAGCAAUAGAUUGUACACAUAUACGGAUCAAAGCCCCUUCACCUGACGCAUUCCCAUUCCUCAAUCGGAAGCAAUACCACUCCAUCAACGUCCAAAUUAUAUCAGAUUCAAAGUACAAGCUGCUAAAUGUGGUUGCGAGAUGGCAGGAGGAGCGCACGACUCAUUUGUGCUGCAAAACAGCGCAGGUGGCAUACGUCUUGCGCAAGGUGCGCAUGGAGAUGGCUGGUGAUCGCGGCUAUGCAUUAGCCUCAUGGCUUAUGACACCACUAACCAUCCCUCAGACCAGACAGGAGUGCUUGUAUAACCAGCUGCACACGCGCACUCGUGCCGUAGUCGAGCGCACAAUUGGCGUUUUGAAGGCCCGGUGGAUGUGCCUUGACACUGCUGGUGGCAAGCUGCUCUACACAUCGGAGAAAGCAUGCCAAAUUAUUCUGGCAUGCUGCAUAUUGCACAAUAUUGCAGUGAAGGAAGGCGUUCCAUUCCCCGAUCCAGCACCAGCAGAAGAAAUGCCACAAGACCCCCCACAUGGACCACACCAGUAAAAUGCAAUCAUGACAAGACAGCAGUUAAUUGCACGGCUUUAGGGUAGGCCAUGAUGUUGCAGCCUAAUUAAUUUAAUAUAAUGAASAGCUUUAUUCAGACUUGGACUUUUUAAAUUCACAUUUUAUUUUGUUGCGAUUUAGUCAGCACAUCAGCUAUGCAUGCCAGACUGUCUGAUAUUUUCUCCAAAGUGCCAGACAUAUUAUGCAGACAUUUUAAAAUGCUUUCUUGAUUUUUCAGAAUGGC